CUAGGGGAAGAUCGUGUGCUUUUCGUAUCGUUUGUAGCCGUUUAUGACAGAUGCUUUUUCAGAAAAGGGAUCUAUAAUUGUGCUCUGAUACUUUAUAUGAACGUCAUUUAUCCAAAAGGCAGUGAUCUAAAACACUAUGGGGACGCAAGGAGAAAGAGAUCCUCAAACUAGAGAUCGCCGAAGGAUCAAAACAGCUCUCCGCCGGCUGCUGGCUGACCGCCUGUUCCCUCAAGAAGUAUCCAACAAACGAAGUAAAACGACGAGCGCAGCGUUCGAGGCCGCCCCACUAGGCAAAGACAACGGUGGUUAUGACGACGCCAGUGAUGGCCUGGUGUCUGGGACUAUCACUCCAAUGACCUUGGCUUCAAGGUCGAAGACGGCAAUGAGUCUGAGGUCACGACCCGGGGAGCAAACUGACGUCUCUACAAGGGCCACGACUCGGUUAGACACACAGGGUCGCCUGUCCCUCAUUGGAGGGGGCCAGCCGCCUCAGACAGCCGAUGGACAGAAUGUUGAGGAACCGAGUCAGCAGCAAGUGGACAGUGGUCAGCCAGAGGGGCAGAGACCGCUGGAGGAAGUGGCUUACUACAGACGACACCCCCUGGGUAGUCUGAAGAACGGCGGGGGACUAAGGGAAGACACUCGAUGGUCUCUUCCAGGUGAACGGGGGCCGGAGGGAAGGAAGGCCAACGAGGACCAGGGAGGAUUGCGCAGAGAGAGGACGGCUGUGGCCUGGGCUUACAACAUGCAGGGACAGGAUGAGCCGGAGGAUGCGAAUCAAGGGCGGACAACUCGCUUCAACUUCAGGUCUCUAGAUGGCUGGCACUUGCGGAAGUUGCUUGAGGAAUUGUACAGAGACAAGAAGUACAUGGACAAGCUCAUCGAUUCUACAGUGCACGAAGACAAGGAGGAAAAACGAGUGUGCGCCAAACUGGAGACGGGUCGAGACUACCUCCUGGAAAGAGCUCACUACUGGAAGGAAAGAGGGCCCCUACCUCCCCGGCCGCCCACCACCGAGCUAGGCUGGCGAAAUCUGAGAGCUCAGACAGCCAGCGAGACCACCCGAGACCACACGUCACAGCAGCAGCAAAGGAAGACUUCACAGGGAGGAGGAGAUGGAGGGAAAACCAACAAAGGGUCAGAUUCCUCACCUUCUACGAAUGCGAAAGGGAACGAGAAAACGCCUCCUGUUCAGAGUAAAAAUGAAGCUGCGAAGAAGAAAGCAACCGACGAAAAGAGUAAUGACCCCAAAGCUAAAGAUAAGCCCGAAAAUGACAGUGGCACUAACGGAAAUAGUACCAAAGAUAAGAGUAACAACGACAAUGGAAAGGAAACUGAAAAUAAAGCAUUUGAUAAUAAAAACAGCGAAAGCGAGGAAGGGUCAAAAGACAAAAAAGGCUCGUCCUCAGAAAAUAUUCAACAGCAUUCAUCUGCAGAGCAGCCCCAAAACGAUGGAAGCAAAAGCACGGAACACAAUUCGGACAGCCAUGUAAAAUCAGAACCUACGGCGACCGAACAACAAGCACAGCCACCAUCAAAUGCAGACCAAAGCAACAACGAACAAAACCAGAACUCGGACCAAGAAAAGGGAAAAGAGAGUGCUCCCCAAAACGCCCCAGCACCUUCUUUUUCCCAACCCCCGAAUUCUGAAAACGUACCAAAUGGAACUGUUUCGAAUGCCCCUUGAGCUUUAGUGUUCGCUGAUUUUUUUAUGUGGGUAUUUUUUUUACGCCCCAAAGGACACAAUUUAGAUCAUUUUGGAGGCGGGCUUCGAUCAUGCU